AAAUUAAUAAUCCCCUCUAAGAUCUAAUAAUAAUAAUAUAUAAAAAUGAAUAAACGCAUCUUCAUUAUUCUCGCCAUUUUCUUCGCUUUAGUUACCUACGUUGCUGCACAAGGACCAGCUGACGGAGCACCAGCUGACGGAAAAGCACCAGCUGACGGAGCACCAGCUGACGGAAAAGCACCAGCUGACGGAGCACCAGCCGACGGAAAAGCAGGAGGAGCAGCCCCAUCAGCAUCAGCCAAAGCAGCAGCAUCAUCCGGAAAUUCUCUUAAAUCAUCUGGAUAUUCAUUCGCUGCCAUUGCCGUUCUUGGAGCUAUCUUCGCUUAAAUUAAUUAAUUAGAUUUAAUAAUUUACCAUCAUAAAAAAAAAGAUUUUUUUUUUUUGUAAUAAUUAUAUACACUUUAUAAAGUUAUUAUAUUAUAUUUACCGUGCUUAAUAAUAAAUAAUAAUAGUGAUACGACCAAAAACAAAAUU